AUUUGUUUACAAAAUUUAAAUGGUUAAUUUGCAAUUACAAGGCGAAGGUUUAAAUUUGAUUAAAACAAAGUCCAUCUUAUCAGCGUUUCUUGCCAGAGUUAAACUAAUGACGCAAAAUAUUGGACGGGUCGAAUUUUAUCAGUUCCCCAAUUUGUCACAGACAAGCUGCCGGGAAGACGGCGUUUCAAGUUACGUUCACCAUUUAAAUUCCCUCUAUUCAGAUUUUGAAUCUAGGUUUGAGGAUAUUUUGAGUAUGGUAAUACCACAGUGGAUAAUUAAUCCAUAUGGUGACAUAGAAGAAACGAAUGCCAUAAUACAAGAGGAACUGACUGAACUAAGUACAAACGAAGAACUUAAGGUUCAGUUUAAAAACGGAUAUCAGCAAUUCUGGCUGCAAAACAACAUACACGUUACUUAUCCCGUAUUAUGGAAUCUAGCGAGGAAAUUUUUAAUUUCCUUUCCAUCGUCAUACCUAGUGGAAAGGGGGUUCAGCGCUGUCACCAAUCUCCUAACAAAAAAAAGAAACAGACUGGACAUCGUUAGCCGAGGAGAUUUAAGAUAAACCCUUACAAAAUUGACGCCAAAUGUUGAUAAUUUAUUAUUAAAGCAUCAGGUUCAUCCUUCUCACUAAAAAUAUUGACUUAUUG